AUGCCUCCCCAUCCCUCCCGUCUCACCUCGAAUCGCGGUACCUAUCUACCUACACAGCUACGUCCUAUUCCAGCACCCAUCGCUAUAUACAACGGAAUCUGCCUUGCCAACUAUGACGCCGACUUCUCCAGGCCUCCUCUGACUUCCUUCGAGGAAGACAUAGACUGGGAGAGGGAGAGUGUUUGGGCCGCAGGCACGCACGAGACUCCAUCCCAGGAGAACGACCCUCCCGCGCAACCACAACCAAGCGCGGCGACUACAAUUUCCUCGAAGGAGAGGGCCCCACCUGUCGAAACGAGUGCUCAAGAUGAGUCGAAGCCGAAGCCGAAGCCGAAGAAGAAGAAGAAGAAGAAGAAGAAGAAGAAGAAGAAGAAGAAGAAGAAGAAGAAGAAGGGCAAGGCAACGCAGACAACGCUGCUGUGCUUCGCUAAGGUCACCGCCACACCUCCCACACCUCCCACAUCUCCCACCCACUCACCCACUCAGCCACUCAGCCCGAGGAGCUAG